UUUGUACGAACCAAUCAGCAUCCAACUGAACAUGGGAAGCCUUUUCAAUGGUUUUAGCUUCACGCAGCCACAUUGCUUUCUUUCUCACUUCACUCUACACAUUUAAUAUAUUGAAGUGAAACGAGGAAAAAUUUAAAAAGUAUUGUUGAAUUGGAGAAUCCAUUGCAUCUGGAGGACUUCAAAGCGGUAGCGAUGACGGGUUCAAACGAAUACAAACUCAACCAGGGUCCAGAGGACAGCAUCUCUGCUGUCAAGUUCAGCCCCAGCACAACACAGUUCCUGCUGGUCUCUUCUUGGGACUGCACCGUCCGACUCUUUGAUGUGGGAAGCAACACCAUGCGGAUGAAGUACCAGCACACAGCUCCAGUUCUUGACUGUGCUUUUUAUGACCCGACUCAUUCUUGGAGUGGAGGUUUAGAUGCUCAAUUAAAAACUCAUGAUUUGAACACGGACCAAGAUACAAUAGUAGGAACACAUGAUGCUCCUAUUCGUUGUGUGGAAUAUUGCCCUGAGGUUAAUGUCAUGGUAACGGGCAGCUGGGACAGAUCGGUUCGGUUGUGGGACCCGAGGACGCCCUGCAAUGCCGGCACUUUCACUCAGCCUGAAAAGGUGUACACGCUGUCGGUGGCUGGAGAUAGGCUUAUUGUCGGCACAGCUGGGAGACGAGUCCUGGUAUGGGAUCUGAGAAACAUGGGCUACGUCCAGCAAAGAAGAGAGUCCAGUCUCAAGUAUCAAACUCGCUGCAUCAGAGCUUUUCCUAACAAACAGGGCUACGUCUUGAGUUCAAUCGAGGGACGUGUUGCUGUGGAGUACCUGGACCCGAGCCAGGAGGUUCAGAAGAAGAAGUAUGCCUUCAAAUGCCAUCGGCUGAAGGAGGAAGGAAUUGAGCAUGUCUACCCUGUCAAUGCCAUCUCUUUUCACAGCGUUCAUAACACCUUCGCCACAGGUGGCUCAGACGGCUUCGUGAACAUCUGGGACCCGUUCAACAAGAAGCGUCUGUGUCAGUUCCACAGAUACCCGACCAGCAUUGCCUCACUGGCCUUCAACAACGACGGCACCAUGCUCGCCAUCGCCUCCUCCUACAUGCAAGAGAAGGGAGACAUCAGCCACCCCGAGGACGCCAUCUUCAUCCGCCAAGUCACAGAUGCAGAGACCAAGCCCAAGUCAACUUAAGCCCGCCUGGGAAUGGUUCCCAAUGCUUAUGAAGCCUCCAUCAUAUUUCGGUUUGCGCAUAUCUGCUGGCAUCCAGUGCAUCUUUUACCAUAUGGAUUCAUUACAUCUUUUUCUAUUCCUUUACAACAGUUUCUCUCUCUCUCUGUCUUGUAAGUAAUGUUGGUUAAAAUGAUUCCUCUCUCUUUCUGGCUCUUGUUAAAUAUUUUGUUGUUUUGUGUGUAUUCUGACACCUGAUGCUUUUCUUGACUAAAACUGGUUUUAUAUACACAUUGA